CUCCACAUUCGUCAAAUCCUAGGUUUUUAGGUCUUUCUUGUCUUCACAGAUUGACGCGGCUCAAUCUUCCUCGAAGCAAUUUUUUAUUUAUUUAUUUAUUUUUUUUUAGUCCAUCCUUCUUACAGAAGAUCACCAAGCUCUUAUCUUUUUCUAUGAAUCAAUUGUUGUUGUCGCAGAUUGAUGCUCAAUCUUCAUCAAGCUCUUACCUUUUUUAUGACUCAAAUUUUGUUCUAGAUUGAUUUUGUUUUUAACAGAUUGAUGCUCAAUUUUACCUUUUUUUAAUGAAUCAAUCGUUGUUUUCUCAGAUUGAUGCUCAAUCUUCGUCAAGCUCUUAUUUAUUUAUUUAUUUUUAUGAAUCGGUGCUUGUUCUCACAGAUUAAUGCUCAAUCUUCAUCAAGCUCUAACCUUUUCUUUAUGAAUCAAUUUUUGUACUAGAUUGAUGGCUCAAUCUUCAUCAAGCUCUCUUUUUUAUUAAUCAGUACAUGUUUUUAACAGAUUGAUGUUCAAUCUUUAUCAGGCUGUUACCUUUUUUAUGAAUCAAUAGUUGUUUUCACAGAUUGAUGCUUAAUCUUCGUCAAGCUCUUUUUUUUUUUUUAUGAAUUGAUGCUUGUUCUCACAGAUUGAUGCUCAAUCUUCAUCAAACUCUUUCUUUUUUAUGAAUCAAUCCCUGUUCUCACAGAUCGAUGGCUCAAUCUUCAUCAAUUUCUUUCUUUUUUAUGAAUCCGAUUGAUGAUUCAGUCAUCGUUAUAGUCAAUCAUGAAGAUCUCGCUAGAUCCGAAUGUUAAUAGUUUUGGUUCACCUAUACUAAAAAUAGAAAAAGAAAGAAAGAUCUACGAUCUGUUCUGGUAUGGAGAACACCGUAUGUUCAUUUCUUCCGGAAACGACGUUUAACAAUCGAAGUCCAAAUGAUGAUUUCGCAAAUGUCACAGAUCCAAGGAAUAAGAAAAUCGUUGUGUUAAAAGUGGAAAGUAGAAGUGAAAAAGGCGAUUCAAACAAGGAAGCUUUUGGAUCUGAAAGUUUGAUGAAGAUUGAGUUGAAAAAUCUUCAACCAACAUCAGUGAACAAGGUUGUUCUGUUGGUUGAGGGUUUUAUGAUACAAUGA